AUGGCCAAUCCCGAUACCGCCGACAAACAGCUGAUGGGUCUUCCCACCGAGCUGCUCCAGAUGAUCUUCAAGGAAGUCUUUCGCGCUACACUUGUACCCUGCAAGCCUUUGCAUACUUCAAUUGAACGGCGUUUCCACCAAAGAUUGUGGAUACUGUAUCCCUCCUCUGUGAACGUCUCGAAAAGUUAUCUCGCCGAAGCGAAGCGCGCAAUCCUGCAGCAUUCAACAAUCGACCUACAGGAUCGUCCACCCUAUUACGAUAGUGGUAAUCCCCCCAAGUUCACCUUCUCUGCAGACUUCUGUUGCAUUCGACAUCUACGGGUGUCAUGUUGGUGGAAUGAGCACCUUCGAAUCGAGGAAAUCAAGUCCAUCGUCAGAGGAGCUCCGAGACUGAGGAGACUGACUCUGGAGAUGCCGACCUAUGCAUGGGUACCUCUCCCUGGAUCGAAACACGCAGGCCUUAUCACGGAUCCUGUCCCUGCUGGCCAUGGAAGGUCACAAAGACUCGCUUUCAGGUUGCCGCCAAAAGCCGCGAGCUGGAUCAGACCUGCCUUUGCGUCUGAACUGCGUAGGUGCUUCGGCGACGAUUAUGAUGCCUGCCAGUUUGCUGGCGUCCUUCUGGAAUGGCUAGCGCGUAACAAGAGCUUCGAGCUCUGCACCGAAAUCGAGCUACGCGACGAGGACUGGUACUUCGCCCAGCCCCUGCGCCGCUCCCUCCAUCUUUUCACUGCAUGCUACAGCACGCGCACACACGCUCUCACGAUCACACCAGGCAUGGACAACUAUCUAGAAGCUGCAGAGGAAGGACCGGACUAUCAUGUGUACAUGAAACCGUCAGUCUUCGAUACUCUGGUCGAGAACUUCGUUCGCUCGCAGACAAAACAUCAUUAUGCGGAGCAAAUGCCGUCGUGA